ACUGCUAUCAGGGAGAUUAGAAAUACAAAUAUAUAAGGAUUGGCUGGUGGUAAUUCAGUUAUUGGAUUACCUAGUAGCCUUCAGUCACCAUGUCUUUCCUCGGCAAAACUUACACCUUCGUCAAACAGGAGAAUAUGGACGGAUUCCUGAAAUCUGUCGGUCUCCCUGAUGACAAAAUCGAACCAGUCUUGAAGUUCACUCCUGAACAGAAGAUCAUUCAGGAAGGUGAUGGCUACAAGUACAUCACUCAGGGUCGUGAUGGACCUAGAGAAGUCACAUUCAAGUCUGGAGUAGAAUUCGACGAUCUUAUUGGACCUGAGAAGUUUCCCGCUAAGACUACAUACGUCGUUGAUGGCAACAAAGUGACACAGACCAUCAAAUCAGCUAUGGGAGUCGGCACCUUCACCAGGGAGUUCGUUGGCGACGAACUCAUUAUUACCAUGGUCACCGACAAAUGGGACGGCGUUGCCAAGAGAUACUACAAAGCUGCUUAAGUUAAUUCUUACCUACUUAGAUUUUUUAAUUUAUUUUUUCUAAUAAAAUACUAAAAUUUAAAAA